CCUGUUCAAAGACUAUCUAGCUAGAGUACCCUAGAUAUCCACGCACUUUGCAUCUUUUCACCAGCUCCAGUCUACUAUAUUCACCAGCUUUAAAGCCACACAGCAUAGCAUAAACUACCGCAUAUCCCCGAUCCCAUAGGUAGCAGCAAGCAAGCAAGCAACACACACACACAAAAUACUCACUUUUAGUAAUCUCUCACCAACAGGUUUCUUUCUGCUUUUCCUAUUAUUCUUUUCUCCCUUCCCCUGCUUUCAGCAACGGAAGUGUGAAAAGUAGCAUGCAACAAUGGAGACUGCAGCUAUCCCUGGUUCUCCUCCCCCCUCCGCCAGGGAGAAAGAGACAUGCUCCGACACCUCUGAUGAAGAAGAAGAAGAAGCCUGCCCUGUGGAGGUUGACGUCCACGGCCUCAAAGCAAAGAUCUACCUGAACUGCGCCGACGCAGAUAUCAUUCCGAGCCGAUACCUUGACAAGGCGGAUCGAUCUCAUGCCCCGGAAUACGAACUGACAUGUUGGUGUUGUUGCUCCGGUCUAGAUCUCGUUAGACGCUCUCCCUGGGUGUUCCGUGCCACGCACGACGGCCGCCAGGUGAACCUGAACAAAUGGUCAAAGGUCGAUAUCCGCUUUCGCGGUGUCUUUCGGACGCUGAAGAGAGCUCCCGCCUUUGCCUCGGGGCUGUACGAGAGUACUGGAGAGGCGGGCUGUCUGCUUGCGGGAGGGUCGUCGUCGUCGUCUUAUACCUCCUCGUUCUUCUUCUCUUCAUCGUCAUUGUUGUCUUCGAGGACCAGCUUCGAAGACGCAGUCAAGGCUCAAGCACAGGUUGUGUAUGCGCUUAUCGACGAGAUUCUAACUUUGCUCCAGAUCACAAGGGAGGCUGAAGAUCAUCGGUCGUAUUUUUUUCUUCGGUCUCGGCUGCUGAGCUCCCAACCCGAGUACUGGACGGGGUAUCGAGUAAAACAUCGCGAUACUCCGUACACUGCGGGGUCGAUUUCCGUGGACUAUUAUCCGCAACGGGGGACUCCUCGGGCUGUUGUGCCUGUGUCGAUGACAAGGGAACAAGGCCAACCGCUCAAAUCGGCUCUAGAGGGAAAGUUCAAACUCCUGCUCGCGCAGUUACUCGUUAAUGUGUAUCGUCUCUCUCCUCCAGGGGACAUGAUACCAGACCAAGAAGCGUUCCUCAUCGGACUCCACGGCUCUAGACUACAUAUUCUCCGAGCGAUCUUUCCAGGCCAAAAGACCUCGAAACUGUGGUGUGGCCGAUACAACCCGUCCAUGCAACAAAGCGCACAACCCCAGCCUUCGAAAGCGAAUGAGCGGUUCUACUAUAAACCGAACCUCGAGCGCUUCUUGGAGCAGGUCGAAUGGAGCCAGCUUUCGAAUUCGGAGAACGAAGCCGACCCUCGUGUUUUCCAGGUCUUCGGGAGCCGGGAGUACGAUUUGUGGGUGAAGGAGGAGUUUUCUGCCGCGCUGAGAUUGCUUGUUGGGCUCAUCAUGUAUCUUAUGAGUGGGCAGGCUCGCUGCGGGAUCCUCCAAGAUAUCUUUGAGCAAUAUCCGUAUGACGAAGACGUGGAGACGCAGGGCGAGGACGGGAAAGGGACAGAGAAGGCGGCGAAAGAGCAAAAGGAUGUAGAGGAGGAGGAGAAGAAAUUGAAAGACAUCGAGAAGAAGAAGCGAGAGGAAGACCAGGCUCGAGUGUGUGCACAUGAAGCUAUGAGGACGUCAACGAAUGACCGUAUCGGUGGUUUUGAGGAUUUUCGUCAGCCAUGUUGGGACUGGGUUUGGGAUGAUGGGCAAGAUGAAGAAUUAGUGAAGGACGAUGCCGAUAUCAUUCUUCGCAGGCCAUGA